CAACAUACAGUCGGUCGAUCUAUUUCUCGGUCCUCUGUAGACACGGUCGUCCCGCAGUUGCAUCGACUACAGACCCGGUGGUCGGGCAUACCUAUGGCUUCUUCAACUGUUAACGUUGUCCGGUACACGGCGCUCCUUACUGGUGUUUUCUACGGCAUUGCGCAUCGCCGGACACUGCAGAAGGCGCACGACGAGGAGGUCAAGCACCAUGCUGUCCACGAACGGGAGCACCUGAUAGCGCAGGCGAAGGAGGCAUGGAAGAAGAAGCAGGAGGGUAGCAAGGUGGUGCAUUCGCUUGUUGCAGUGAUCACCGACCCCGAGGAUCCCCAGUUCGACCUGGAAAAGCUGGUUGCGAAGUGGGAGAGCGAGUCAUGACUGUCGGAGUCGGUGUAGAUGUAGAUGCAUACAACUUGCUAGCCAUGGGCGUUUUAUGCGCGUAACACGCGCAAGACACCGCCUGCUCUUCCCUUAGGUCGGCCUUGACCUCUGCGUACAUUCUCAAUUUACAAGUGUAGCUAUCCUAAUAGAUUACGAACGUCCCUCGGGACCCUUCGUCGCUGUAGCCCUCGUCGGCCGGCAGCUUGCCCCGGUCCUCCCAGAUCACACUCGUG